GCUCGCUAGAGCUGCUGCUGCCGCCGCCGCCGCCGCCUCCGUCGCCGCCGCCGCCGCCGCUGCCGCCGCCACUGCUGCUGCAGCCGGAGCAUCCGGGAGCCGCCGCCGCUGCUGCCACCGCUACCAAGCGCUGCUACCACUACUGCCGCCUCUUCUCCCAGGACUCUGACACCCGAGCGCGAGCGGCGGUGCUGCCAGCUUGCUGCCCCUGUCCCCCACCCCUCCCUUCCGUGACCUACCCACUCCUUGCAGCCCUCGCCUGCACCUUCCCCGACACCCCGGCAUCUCUGCAUCACCUGCCUAAGCAGCCUCCGGGCGGGCUCUGGGACUUGCCGCGAGCUCCGAAAGGAACGCAAGCUCCAAACCGGUGCCGGGCCGAUCGGUUGUCGGGGCUGCACCAGCAGCAGCAGAAGGAGAAGAAACUAUUUAGCCCACCGAAACCCCAUUCUGCGGGUGCUCUGCCACUGCCGCUUCUGCUGCCGGCAACCAGCUUCCGCGCGGGUUCGAACACCGCAGCAGCGGUAUCGUGGGUCCGGCGGGAGCCGGGAGGACGACACCAGCGGAACCCUUGCACUGUGUGGUUCGCCUAACCAGCAUCUCCUUGCCCCCUCGAUCCUUCCCCCAGACCCUUAAAAGAAGGGACCAUGAUUUGGAAACGCAGCGCGGUUCUCCGCUUCUACAGUGUCUGCGGGCUCCUGUUACAAGGUAAGCACAUUAGCCAUUCCUGUGUAAUCAGACUGCAUCAAGCGGCUGCUUCAAAAAGUAAAGUCAAAGGCAGCCAAGGGCAGUUCCCACUAACUCAGAAUGUCACGGUUGUUGAAGGCGGAACUGCAAUUUUGACCUGCAGAGUUGAUCAAAAUGAUAACACCUCCCUCCAGUGGUCGAAUCCAGCUCAGCAGACUCUGUACUUCGAUGACAAGAAAGCUUUAAGGGACAAUCGGAUCGAGCUGGUUCGAGCUUCUUGGCAUGAGUUGAGCAUCAGUGUCAGUGACGUGUCUCUCUCGGAUGAAGGACAGUACACCUGUUCCUUAUUUACAAUGCCUGUCAAAACCUCCAAGGCCUAUCUCACUGUCCUGGGUGUUCCAGAGAAGCCUCAGAUUAGUGGAUUUUCAUCCCCAGUCAUGGAGGGAGACCUGAUGCAGCUGACUUGCAAGACAUCCGGCAGUAAGCCUGCGGCUGAUAUAAGAUGGUUCAAAAAUGACAAAGAGAUCAAAGAUGUGAAGUACUUGAAGGAGGAGGAUGCUAACCGAAAGACCUUCACCGUCAGCAGCACGCUGGAUUUCCGAGUGGACCGUAGCGAUGAUGGAGUGGCGGUCAUCUGCAGAGUAGACCACGAGUCCCUCAAUGCCACCCCUCAGGUAGCCAUGCAGGUGCUAGAAAUACACUAUACACCAUCAGUGAAAAUUAUACCAUCCACUCCUUUUCCACAAGAAGGACAGGCUUUAACAUUGACUUGUGAAUCUAAAGGAAAACCACUGCCAGAACCUGUUUUGUGGACGAAGGAUGGGGCAGAAUUACCAGAUCCUGAUCGAAUGGUUGUGAGUGGUAGGGAACUCAACAUUCUCUUCCUGAACAAAACGGACAAUGGCACUUAUCGAUGCGAAGCCACUAACACCAUUGGCCAAAGCAGCGCAGAGUACGUCCUCAUUGUACACGAUCCCAAUUCUCUGGCUGGUCAGAAUGGCCCUGACCAUGCUCUCAUAGGAGGGAUAGUGGCUGUGGUUGUAUUCGUUACCCUGUGCUCCAUAUUUCUGCUUGGCCGAUAUCUGGCAAGACAUAAAGGAACAUAUCUCACAAACGAAGCUAAAGGAGCCGAAGACGCACCAGAUGCCGACACAGCCAUUAUCAAUGCUGAAGGCAGCCAAGUCAAUGCCGAAGAGAAAAAAGAGUAUUUCAUUUAAAAUUCAGGCUCCAAGUUCUGAGUUUUACCUACCAGGCUGACUGCUGGAGAAAACUGGCAAUCAUCUCUCAAAAAUCAUUCCAACCAUCUUCUCCUACUACUUUUAUUAACACCCAUACUGUACUGCUCUCAGUAGCCAGUGUAUACCAACAAUCAGCAGUUGAAAGCAUCAUUCUUUAAUUACUGUACCAUCCAUAAUGCAGGACAUUUCUUAUUGCCUAAAUUUUACACCAUUGCUCUUUUAACAUACAGUGCUUGAAUAUACAGCCUUAACAAUGUUAAUCAUCUCACUGGAUCAUGAUACUGAGUUGUUUUUAUACAUUGAAGAAAUGUAUGCAGAGCCCCGCCCCCACAUUUGUUUUCCAUUAAGCCACAGACUUUAUCGUUUGCCAUUGGACAGUUAUCACAAGUCCCAGGAUUAGGUGAUGACCUACUAUGUUUAAGCUUAAUCGAAGAUUAGAGGUUUACAAACAGUGUUUUCUACCUGUCUAUCUUCAAAGAUAACAUGUUGUAGAAACAUACUCCCUAGAAAACACAAACUGAAAACCACCGUAGUAUACUUUCUGGAAUGUUUGAGGUUAUACUGGUAACACUGUAUCAAGUUGCUACUUUAAAAUUUAGUGUUUGAUACAGGCGCCAUGUGUAUUGAUUAUACUCAUGACAUGACACCUUAUACUAUUAUAUAGAUCCUACCAUUAGGUUAUUGUAGCUUCAUUUACCAAUAAAUUAUUACAAACAUUUAACUGCUUUGGGAAUCAUAAAGAUUUCAUUCAUUUCUCUAUUUGAUUCUAUAAUUUAUUUGUUCCAUAUGGAUUCACCUGCCUAAACAAAACUGAAGUAGGGCACAAUUUUGAGACAUUUUAGUAUCUGUAUAUAGUGCAUAUAAUAAAUCCAAUUAAACAUUAUUUGAUACAUAUUUAACUUUUUUGGCUGUAGGUUAUUCAGUCAUAAGUACGCAUUUUCUAACGUUCAUUAUAUCCCUUUAGAUAUUACAUAAACUGAUAUUAUAAGUAGAUAACAUGUAUUAGUAUUUUUGUCUGUAUGUCCUAGCACUGUCAACAACAAAUUUUUGUAGUUCUUGUUAAUUUUAUUUGUUAUACAAUGGAAGCACAAUGUUACAAGGAAAGGUAAUUUUAAGCUAAACAACCAGUGCGCAGCCUCAGGUUUUAAAUCACAACCACAGUUGAAUAAUAACCUAAAAACCAACUCUUAGUUUGAUUUAAUUAAAAAAAACUUUACACAUUUUCAUUUGGCAGGUUUCAGAGCUGCUUAACUACAUUGAUUUGCCAAAAAGGAAGUGUUUAUGAUAUUUUUUCUGCAUAAAUGAGCUAAUUCUUUGUAUUAAAUUCCUGUCUAUGCAUUCUAUGAGGUACAAACUUAUGAAACAGAGAGUGAUAGAGAACCCAGGCCAUGCUCCUAACUCCAAGGUGAAAGUCUCUUUUUCUGGAUUAUUUUAAAUUUUUGGUACAUUGAACUAUUAUAAAAUUCUGUAAUCUUAAAUAUAUCACAAAGCCAAUACAAAGUCUUCUUUCUUUGGAUGAAAUAUAACAUUGGUAGAAUAGUUUUUAUUACAUUUAUUGGAAGUUAAUGAACAAAGAUCCAGUUAGAUGAAAAAAAUUAUUUUCCCACUUAUAAGCAUUGCACCUUUAAGAAGAAAACAAAAAUUACGAUAUGGUAGCUGUACUUGUGAUGUCUAACAGCCUGGUGGAGUUUUAAAAAUACCUUGGAACUUAUUUGGGGGCGGGGAGCAAGAAUGAUUUAAUACACUAUCCUAUGUUAAUAACAAAUGAAAGGCAAAGGGUGCUGUAUAUUAGAUUAUUUAUCAGAAAAGUAUCAAACAUUUAAGGACAAUGUUAGAAUUUUUAAGUUUCUUUUUUUAAUUGUAUAGCAUUUAUCUUGUUGAUUUCUUACAAAAGAAAAAGGACGAUGUCCGUCAAGCAGCACUUUUUCAAAAUAUACAGAGCAUAAAUAAUAUGAUGUGGUUGAGUGUUAACAUAAUAAAUCAUAUACAGUAUGACAUUUUAAGGAAAUAA